AUGCCUCAGUGUGUGCCCUCUAACCUCUGUGUGCUAAUGCUGCUGCUGACCCUGCUGCUGCUGUCUCCAUUCAGCUUCAGCUACAAGGGGCUCAGCACAGGACCUGGCUGCCAUCUAUACCCGUUUAACGUGACCAUCCGUAGUGACCGGCGUGGGACAUGUAAGGGAACCCAUGUUGUGUAUGCAUGUGUUGGGUACUGUGAGUCCAGUGCCUUUCCCUCGCGCUACUCUGUCCUGGUGGCAUCUAACUUCACUCACAACAUCACCUCAGCAUCAAGAUGUUGUACCAUCAGCAAGGACGCAAAGAUCAAAGUUAGUCUGGACUGCCCUCGCGCUCGUCACCAUGACGACAUUGAGAUCCUGACGGCGCGGGCCUGUCACUGCGACAUGUGUCGCAAGUCACGCUACUGA